AUGGACCGCGGGGCACCGGAAACCGCGGCCGUGAACGUACCGCCGAAGUCCUUCUGGUGUCGAAGCGACGUCGGCGGCCGCCUCGAUGGGCCGGAGCCGCCGGGCAGCGCCGGUUACCCUGGAGACGGGGAUGGAGACGGGGCGCGAGCGUCGUCCGGUGACCAGGGCGACGGGGAAGGGGCGCGAGCGUCCGGUUACCAGGGCGACCGGGAAGGGGCGCGAGCGUCCGGUUACCAGGGCGACGGGGAAGGGGCGCGAGCGUCCGGUUACCAGGGCGACGGGGAAGGGGCGCGAGCGUCCGGUUACCAGGGCGACGGGCCUCGAGGCGGAGGCGGAGGCGGCGGGUCCGAGGAGGAGCCGUUGGACCCCGCGGCUCGCGGCGCGGGCAGCGACUACUUGUCCCUCGCCGAGAGCCUGCUGGCGGGCAGGACCAGCCCGCUGAGGGAGAGGAUCCAGGCCGAGAGGUGCCGCCGCUCCGGGGGUCCUCGUUGGAGGAGGAGUCGGCGGCGGCGGAUCGGCCUUUGCCAGGAAUCCCCCGACGCCCCCCCCCGCCCCCGGGCACCGAACAACCCGGAGAACCUUCUGGAUCAGUUAAUUAACGAUUUGAAUGAAAUAAAUGAGAUCCCCUUUUUUGAUAUUGAUUUACCAUAUGAAUUGGCGCUGAGAAUAUUUGCAGAUUUGGGAAAAACUGAACUUGGAAGAUGUGCUCAGGUGAGUAAGACAUGGAAGGUUAUUGCAGAGGAUGAAGUGCUUUGGUACAAGAUCUGUGUGAAAGAAGGCUACCAUACAAAGGCUGAUAUUAGUGACUUCAAUUGCUGGAAGGCUGUUUUGCGAGAUUCUCUAAAGAAAGAACAAACAUUGCGAGCGAACUGGAAGAACCGUAUCGGAGCUGCGAGCCAGUUGCAAUAUGAUGUGGGUGGAAUAUUGUGUGAUGCACAUUCGUAUGGUGGUGUGGUACUUGCUGGAUACACAUCAGGAGAUGUGCGAAUGUGGGACAUCAGCACCUGGGACAGCGGCUCCUUGUAUUUGGAAACGUCACGCAAUCCUGCAGAACCUGGACGCCAGCCACACAUCUCUUUUGUGAGGAUAAAUAGCGCUAUCGCAGUGGCGGCUUACGAGGACGGUGUUGUUGAUGUAUGGAGCACAAUUCUUGGGCACCAGCCAGUGCAUCAUUAUCAACAUAGCCAGAAGAUACAGGCUAUUAGUGUAGCACCAGAUAGCACUGUUAUAGCAACUUCCUCUGACUAUCAAGUAAGAAUUGAGUCUUGCAAUGAAAAAGGAUACUGGCAAACAGCAGCCCAGUUUGAACUUCAAAAACUGGUUAGCUAUCUUCAGCUUCUUCCAGGUGAUCUGAACGGAGAUAGAAAUCAGCCAGUUCUAGUAGCAGCAGCAGAAGAUACUGUUUACAUACUCAAAUCCACUGCAGAGUCAAUAGUACUUCACUCCGUAUACGGAAAUACUGUCACCUCUUUGGAUGUAUCCAACAAUCUUGCUGCUUUUGGUGUCAAAAGCUUUGGUUGGAUAAUGAGUGACGGGAAUAAGGUUCAAGUUUACUCUCUUCAAACAGCUCAACCUUUAGUUACACUUGGUAACUCUACAGGGGACUUCACAUGUGUAAAUCUCAGGGAUAGUCCUCCAUACUUGGUUGUCACUGGAAACAAGGACAGGAAGGUGAGAGUUUUUGAUCUUCGGUCAAGUAAAGCAGUGAUCUCGCUCUAUGGCCAUCAGCUAGGUGUGUCAUCAGUGCAGAUGGACGACUGGAAGAUCGUCAGUGGCGGAGAAGAGGGGUUGGUUUGUGUGUGGGAGCAGCGAAUGGGAACCAAGCUCUGGGAAAUGCAUGCCAGACAUCCAGUACGUCACUUACGUUUUGGGGCACACACUUUAAUUACGGCAAACAUCCCAGAUGAGAAAUCACCACGUGGUGCCAGUAUCAUGGAUGAUGAUUUGACUGCUCACCGUAGGCAUCGAGGAAUUAUAUAUGUCUAUGAUUUUUCGGUGGACAGAGCAGCUCCUGUUUUGCCGAUCUGUCGUUCAUCAUAUGAUGAAGAUGUUGGCUACAGCUACAAUAUAGGACUUUCAAUGCCCUAUGACCAAAUCAAGUGAAUAUCUGUCAUCUGAUCCAUAUAUUUGUGACAUUACAGUCAUCUAGUAAUUCUAGAAAUAUGCUGUUAAUGGAAUUACUUUUCAGCAUCCAAGGAAAUAAGUUGUGAGGUCUCCAAGCAAACACCAAAGGACAUCAGUGGGAAAAGAACUGGCCAUUUGUUUUUUUAAAAAAAAAAGUUUUUAUUCUCCAGUCCUUUCAUGUUUUGUUUCUAUGAUUAUCUGUGUCCGCAGAGAGCAACUGUAUAUUCCCUUGUUUCAUGUAUGGAAUGUGAUCAUAAAAUUGUUUCAUACCAGGUACCUACAUCUACUGCCGUGUGACACAUUCAUCAAUCAUCAAAAAAGGAAACAUUUUAAAUAAACAUUAAGAUUUUUUAAA